AUGAACCAGGCCGUUUCCCUGUCGCCGCACUCCUCGCUUACCCAAAGCCCUUUUGUCGAGUUCGCGCCGGUUAUCGAUGAGCUGAAAUCUAUUUGCGAUGAUUAUAUCGACAUAAGCCUUACAGGUACGGUUACCGAGUGUCUGCUCCGGCUGCGCCACACGUUGAUCGAUAAUCCGCGUCCUACGGAGGCGAAGGAGUUAUUCCGGCAACUCAGCGGCUUCCAGACGCUACUGAGUCUUAUCAGAAAGCUUUCGGAGAUUUAUACCCCAAGUGUGCACACUAAGGAAGAGAGGCGGAGCUUGCUGGCGGUCUACAAAGACUGCUUGACAAUUCUUGCUGAAUGCCUCAGAGAUCAUCUAGGAAAUAAAAGGCAUUUUGCUAAUCGAAUCCCUGGCGGAGGGCAACUAGUUCUCGAAGAGGCGUUCUCCACACUGAUACUAAAGCUAGAUGCUGCACAAGGCGAUGUGGAAUAUUUCUGCGGUAGUGUUCUCGCAGCGUCACUGUGUCAAGAGACCGUAGUGGAUGUUUUCACAGCACUCUCAACAAAGCUCCAGAAAACAGACGAGUCAGAGAUAACUCCCGAUGCUGUCGAGAAGGAAGUCGGGCGCUUUAUAGGAGCGUCAGAUAUUAUUGAAGCACCGGAGCUUUUGGGUCCAUUCCUACGAGUAUGGCUGAAGCAUUCGUUCUUAUUUAAGCCCGUGCAGACGGUUUUGCGGCUAGCUGUACCAUCGUGCCUCAACCGACUGGCCACACAGUCUCAACGGAAUGUCAUGAUUUUGCAUAAUACAGGCGCAUUUAGUCUGACUCUUCCGCUUUUACUCGGUGAGAACCUCCUGAGAACGGAGAAGCUGUUUUAUCAAGAACUUGCUCAACAGCUAUGCACCCAAGGAACCAAGAAUAUGGACGACGCGGUAUAUCUCUACAAAAAGGCUCACAAAUGUCCAAAGGCGUUAAAGUUUCUAGUCGAUGUGCUCAAACGCUCCAAGGAGCCUCCACUGAUUCAGUUUGAUCUAUCCUUGUAUGGCUUUUCGUCCUUGGAGUUUGCAACAAUAGGUCGUUCCUUUCCUCCUGUUACUACCAACGGAUUUACUCUUGCGGUCUGGGCUCGCUUUGAUCAUUUCGACCCAAGCACGCAUACAACCAUUUUCGGCGCAUUCGACUCUAGUCAAACCUGCUUCAUUCUGGCAUAUCUGGAAAAAGACACUCGCAACUUCAUUCUUCAAACUUCAAUUAAAGGUUCACGCCCAAGCGUGCGAUUCAAAUCCAUGGCGUUCGAGCCUAAUAAGUGGUAUCAUAUCUGUGUGGUGCACAAAAAACCAAAACCACCGUCUCACUCUCGUGCUUUGCUCUUCGUUGACGGGGAGUUCAUCGAGCAGCAGAAGAUCGAAUAUCCAUGCGUACCUUUACCGAGUGCUCAGAAUCGCUCGCCGCGAGUUCAAGCUUUCUUCGGCACUCCUCGGGAUCUGGCCAUGAAACUCGGAAGGGGAGUGUCGUCUAGCCGGUGGUCUUUGGCGAAUGCUAUCCUCCUUGGCGAGGCACAUAGCGACGAUAUGAUAGCGGUUUUCUACAACCUUGGCCCUCGGUAUUACGGUAACUUUCAAGAUUGUUUAGGUUCUUUUCAGACCUACAAAGCAUCUGCAACACUAAAUCUUCGUAACGAGCACUUACAUCCUGGCAAGGAAGAACAAUCGGAUAUCGUUAUUGCGAUCCGUCGGAAAGCAAGCACGUUGGUUCGCGAAAGUGGUAUUCUGAUCAACGUUUCUGCCCGGUCUAUUCUUGAUGAUGACGACAGCAACGCUAUGGACGGAUCCCAGCUUGUCAAGUCUCUUUCAAAACAAGCAAGGAAACUGCUUAAUCAAUUCACAAAAGGCGGAGGUAACGCAAUAGCUAUUAAUGGCGCCAGCCCUGCAAUCAAUGAUGCUCUAAUCCAACCUCACGGUGUCGGCAUCUUGACGGGCGAUCCAGUUGUUACCUCGCCACACUCUCUCGAUGACAUGAGCUGGCGCAUCGGUGGCUGUGCCUCAGUUCAUCUGAGUCUCAUUUAUUCAGCUUCCUCCAUUGAGUCUACUCUUCUUGCAGUUGAAGCGUUAUACGAGGCAGUGCAGGACAGUUGGCGAAAUAGUGAAGUAAUGGAAAAAGAAAAUGGCUAUGGAAUCCUCGCUACAAUACUUCGAGAGAAACUUGGUUAUGGGUGGGCCUCGACCAAAGUGGCCGCCGUUUGUUCCAACGAUGAGCAACGGUCUGCUCUGUCUCUUGAUCUUCUACGGCUGACUCUGAAGUUUGUUGGGUACGACUUUGAACAGCCAACCCGCUCGAUAAUCACGAAUCCCCUCGCUUAUAGGGUAUUGCUCGUGGACCUAGAGAUCUGGAAAUACGGCGCGCCUUCUCUGGUAGAACUGUACUACUCACAGUUCUGCGUAUUUGCGAGGGAGAGUCAGUUCCGCCGGUUUAACUCCAAGCGCCUUGCGCGGAUGCGUGUUAACAAGAAAUUGCUCGAGGCUCUUAAAGGAGGAAGCGUCUCGUCGCAAGUGCUGCGGCCAUUUGUUUCUGCGUUCAGGUCAUUGAUGGAGAGUUGUUUGUCAGCUGAUUUGCUUCGCUCUUUAGCUCUGUUUAUCACACAUGCACUACACAAGCCCAAAGAGUCCAGCGGAUUGCAGAAGAAGAAAAGUAUGCGAUUUAGGACGAAUUCAGGGCGGCAGGGUUUCCCAUCUAACAAAGGCCCGAGUAUGUCUACAAGUCAGGUUGCUACUGAAAUGCUACGAAUGCUCUGUUCACUUGUCUGCGACACCCGUGACCUGGCGCUAAUAAAGAAAUUCGCCAGAACCGUUACAAAUAAGUGGCUUCUCUAUCUCAUGUGUGAAGACGAGCCAGAAAUCGUUGUUCUAGCAAGUAGGAUCCUCGCUAAGGUGCUUGUGACCAACGGCAGCACUUAUAACAAGAGGUUUAAGGAAAAGAAUAAUGGGUAUAUUAUCAUGCGAGGCUGCUUGAGACGAUGGUGGAACAUUCCUAUCUUAUGGCCCCUUUGCUUCUCGGUCCUCUUUGGUAUAGAUCUCGGUACAACGAUGGCUGACAGACUAUUCGACAAUGCUUCACUUUGCCGAGUAUUAAUGGCGAAUGAAGUCAAAGUUUGUUUUCCUGAGAUAUUUCCCGUCAUUGCGGACAUGAUGCGAAGUGCUCUGAGGAAGUCUGUCAUGGCCCAUGGGAGUCUGCACGGUCUUGACCUAGACCAAACUGCUCGGCCCCUCAUGGCUCACCCCGUACCCGUCGAUACAAAUGAUCAGGAAGCGUUACUUCUUGCAACGGUUAUUGAAUUCCUUGCCGGCUUGCACCUGAAAUCAGAGGGCUUUCGUGAGUUCGCGUCCAAAUCCGAGUACGCAGAAGACGUGCUUUCUGUCCUUUUCCCUGUUGUCGUCGGUUCGGACUCUGUCAGUGCAGACAUAGAAUUAUCUUACCGAGUGAGUGGCCUCGGCCUCGAUGAUCAUAACUCCAGAGCCAGCCCUCCUCAAUCGCGGAACACAAAUGAGCUGCACACAACGACCGUUGAGCACUCCGGGACCCGCGAUGAGACUAGCUCAUCUUUACCCCGAUCGUCCUCCUUCAUCCUCGUAUCACAACAUGGAGGGAAACAAUCACGUUCUCCCUUGCAAAUAAAGCAUUCGUUUGCUCUAGGGAGUAUGGAUAUUGAAGGGCUCACAGAGCAUCCAUUUCUUUCGCGUAUUCUAUGCCUAAUAUUGUCAAUCUUCUCAGAGCAACUCUUGGAGCGGAAAGACUUCUCUGGGUUGGGUCUUUUUUCCAAGACGCCGCCGGGCUUUCUGGAACACCAAGCAUACUUUAACUCUUGGGUGUUAACAAAACUGCUUCAAAUGUUGAAGGACGUCGCGUUCUCAAAGACUGAGUUGUUAGCAGAGCCACGCGUUAUUACCAACUUGGGACGUUUCACAACUCAUUUAGCGGAAGCGACAUUAGAAGGAUGGUUUAUCGACGGGGCGAUGGCGACUCUCGAAUUUUCGGGAACAAUUCUGGAAUAUCUUCAACGGCCGGAUGUCUCGUCCCUGAAGAGCAUAAGGCUAUGUAGCCAGAUUAUCGCUACAAUCCGCUCAAACUUAUUCCGCGUUGUUCUAGUUAAGCUUUCCGAGGUUCAAGGUCCGGAUGCGUUGUCCUUUCUCAACUGCCUGUCCUACUGGCAAGUGGUACUCCUUCAGGCAGGCGAGUCCCAAGCGGACAAUUUGCAACUGCUGUGCUAUCUUCUUUACACCAAGUUGAUAGAUGAGAACAAGGACGUCCGUGUGGCUGCUGCGGGUCUUUUCCGAGUUAUCAUGGUUCAGAAGCCAGCCGAACUAUUCGUGAUACUGAACCAUGCAGCAGUUCCCCUUCAAGAACGUCUUUCUGGGGGCUUCGAAGCCCUUGCAGGCAUGGAUGACGCUGCCUUCUUGGAAUGGAUAGACAACCACGCAGACGAUUUGAAUACCUUAUUCCUGGGAAAUGUUUCAAAAUCAUGGGAAGACUUCAUACACCAGCAAAAUACGGCCAUAGAGACUUCGUGGCGUAUCCGGAUGACGAAGCGCCAUGAAAGGCUCAAACAGAUAAGCCAAAUGGAGAAAGCAAGAGAUGAAGUGACGCGCAGGCAUGAAGUCACGUUUCCUCAUUGGAGCUCGAACAUAGCCAACUCUGAGCUUUUGAGAUAUCAUAGGGCCCUACAAGACCAGCAGGAUAGCCAUGUUUUUAUGUGGAACGAAUUCUUUCGGUUAACGCUUGACUUACGACGAUUUGGAGGCAUUCUGGCAGAAGAAAAAGAGAGGAAAUGGCGACUAGACCAGACUGAAGGAAGGAGCCGCAUGCGACUACGCAUUGUCCCCGACGACACAAAGGAGAGACAAGACUAUCAACCGAAACGCAAAGCAUCGGAACCUCCUGUUGUUAAGGUGGACGCAUCAGGGCCCUCUAACGGCAAGACUCUUGCUCCCCCGUUGGAUGAUGAGCGAUCAACUGACAGUUCUCACGGCAUUGGGCCUGACAAUGCGAGUGUCAUGGAAGAAAGCUUCGAGAUGAUCAGUGAUCCAGCGGCGGAUCUCGAAGACUAUGACGACAAGAACCGGAAAGUUAUGAGAAGCUUACAUCGCGGCGAUGAAGUCGAGAAUCUUUGCAAUGUUUCCCGGAUUGUUGGGUUAGAAGCCUUUGAAGGGCUACUAAUUCAAGGCAAAGACCAUAUAUACAUCCUUGACAAUUUCUUCCAGAGAGUCGAUGGCGAAAUAGUCAACGUUUCGCAAGCUCCCAGUGACGAGCGUGACCCUUACGUCCGCAUGAUUGCCGGCAGAGAAGCCAGUGAGCGUAAACCCCAGGAAUACGAAACUAGAAGCUGGAAAUGGACGGACCUCGUUAGUAUAUCCAAGAGACGAUUCCUGUUUCGGGAUGUUGCGCUUGAGAUCUUUUUUACCGAUGGAAGCAGCUAUCUGUUGACGCUCAUUUCAUCCAAAGCUCGAGAUAUUUUGUGCAGCCAGCUUGCUGGCAAGGCUCCGCAAGUUACAGGAAACGUUGGACACUCGCGGCCGGAGGAUAUAUGGCGGUUUGAGACUCUCAGAAGUUCUGAAGACGCGCCACAAUCUCUUGGCUCAAAGUUUGCCAGCGUCUUCGGGCACUCGCCGGUUUAUCCAGCAACUCGUAAAUGGGUAAAGGGGGAGAUCUCCAACUUCCAUUACCUUAUGUUGAUCAACACACUCGCCGGUCGGACAUUUAACGAUUUAACGCAGUAUCCGGUUUUCCCCUGGGUGAUUGCCGACUAUACGAGCCAGGAGCUGGAUCUCACCAAUAUGAAAAGCUUCCGUGACUUAUCCAAGCCGAUGGGCUGCCAAACACCGGAACGAGAGGCUGACUUUAGAGAACGGUAUCAAGCUUUUGCGGAAAUGGGUGACGGUGAUUCACCACCAUUUCAUUACGGGACUCAUUAUUCUUCAGCGAUGAUUGUGAGCUCCUAUUUGAUUCGCUUGCAGCCUUUUGUGAAGUCGUAUCUUUUACUGCAGGGAGGGACUUUCGACCAUGCUGACCGUCUCUUUUAUUCGGUCGGCAAGGCUUGGGAGUCCGCCUCACGAGGCAACAUGUCAGAUGUGAGGGAGUUAAUACCAGAGUUCUUCUAUCUCCCUGAGUUCCUAGUCAACUCCAACAAGUACGACUUUGGAGUGCUUCAAAACAUGGCAACAACAAUUGACUCGGUGGAAUUGCCACCGUGGGCGAAGGGUGAUCCAAAGAUUUUCAUAGCCAAAAACCGAGAAGCGCUGGAAAGCCCUUAUGUGACACGGAAUUUGCACCAUUGGAUUGAUUUGGUCUUCGGAUGCAAGCAAAAAGGCGAGGCUGCUGUCGAAGCGGUCAAUGUUUUCCACCAUCUCUCCUACCAAGGUGCUAAGGAUCUCGACGCUAUAAAUGAUCCCGUUGAGCGGCUUGCCACCAUAGGGAUUAUUCACAACUUUGGGCAGACACCACAUCAGAUAUUCAAUCGACCCCAUCCUCAAAGUGAGGUACAUAAGCACAAGACUCUACGGCUAGAUACUCUCGCUGAGUCGCUUACCCAGCUUCCUAUCGCGCUCCUAGAAACUGGAGAACGAGUUUCGUCUCUAUGCAUGAGGAACGACCGUUUACUGUGUACCGCUGCGUUGCGACUCAACAUACCACCAAAUUAUGAUAAGUAUUUGGAAUGGGGAUUCUUUGAUGGUAGCGUCAGAUUCUAUUCCACAGACAAUCGAAAGCUUCUUGGCCACUUCGAGCACCUUCACGUGGGCCAGCUGACCGCUGCAGCCUUCGCGGACUCCCGAACGCUGGUUACUUCAGGCGCCGACUGCACCGUCUCAAUAUGGACCUUCACGGCAAAUUCAAGAUCUGUUGACCUGCAACCUGCGGGAUCUUUGUUCGGGCACCGCACACCAGUGACUGUACUUGCAGUGUCCCGGUCCUUUAGCACCCUGUUGUCUGCGUCGAUCGACGGUCAGCUUAUGCUCUGGGAUUUAAACCGUCAGUGCUUUUUGCGGGAGCUUCCAUUGAAAGGGCCUGUUGAUUGUGCCCAAAUCAAUAAUGUGACUGGAGAAAUCGCUGUUUGUCGAGGGAACCGCAUCACGCUAUACUCGCUGAAUGGAGCCGUAUUGCUUGAACAGGUAGUCUGCGAGUCAUCCGAUGAUACGACGUUGGCCUGUGUUUUCUACGAAGGAGUCGGCGACGAAUGGCAAGAGCGCGAGCUGGUCUUUACCGGCCAUAAAAGGGGUGUUGUCAAUGUCUGGAGCAAGAUCAUCAGAAAUGGUCGCUUUGAGCUGGAGUUGAUCCGCCAGCUCCAUCACAUUGAUAACAACCGCGACAACGGUGCAAAUAUAGCCGCCGGAAUUAGUUGUAUCCAGGCGUUUCCCCAAGUUGUCUAUACUGGCGAUGAAGCGGGAAGAGUGUAUGAGUGGAGCUGUGUCCAACGCCGAUGA